GAAAAAAGGAAGCUCCACAUUCCAACAAUGGCGGUCACCAUCACAGCGAACACCAUGCGCGUUAACACACACCAAACCUACAACGUCCGAUUCUUCGAGGAGGAGAUCUACACGACGGUCACCGCCAAUUCCACGGUGGUCACCAACUGGAUCGACGACAUCAAGUACCUGUACCACCUCCCCGACGUGAUCGUCGGGCUGGACGUGGAGUGGCGCCCAAGCUACUCCUCUCAGCAGAACCCCGCCGCCACGCUGCAGCUCUGCGUCCGCGAUCGGUGCCUGGUGUACCAGAUUCUGCACUCCGAUUGCAUCCCCGAUUCGCUGGCGACGUUUCUGUCGGACGAGUACUGCUACAUCGAAUUCGUCGGCGUAGGAAUCAAGCAGGAUCUGGAGAAGCUGCAGAGAGAGUACGGGAUCGGCGGCGGCGCGCGGUAUGUGGAUCUGCGGGGGCUGGCGGCGGAGGCGUACGGGAACAGGAGGCAGGGGCUGGAGAGAGCGAGCUUGAAGACGUUGGCGAGUGUUGUGAUGGGGAAGGAGGCGGAGAAGCCGGAUGCGGUGAGGAUGAGCCGGUGGGACCAGCCGCGGCUCACGGCGGAGCAGGUCAAGUAUGCGUGUGUGGAUGCGUAUUUGUCGUUUGAGAUUGGGAGGCUUCUCGGUCUUGGUCACUUUGACCACUUUGGUUACUAUUAACUCAUCCUUCCUUCUUAAUUACUACUGCUAUUAUCUCUGUUGCUUGCUUUUCUCAGUUCUUCAACAUUGGUAGAUCCAACGCUGCUAGUUCGUAUUUCUAGGUUUUGAUAUGCAAUUAUCAUAUUUUGUGAAA